GUACGCCGAGCUCUCGUCGCGCCUGGCUGCGCGCGUGGAGCUUGCCUGCAGGGGUUAGGCACUGUGAACUGGGGCUCCCUGGCGGAGGUGCUGUCGCAGGUCAGCGGCCAGUGGAUCACCGGCAUGCACCUCGCCUGCAAGAAACACUGCCGGAACAUGUCCCACGCCUGGUCCCCGCCCGCCCCGCGCCGAACGUUUCCGACGCAGGCGACGCCGACGGCCCAUUUCUUGCCCGCGUUCCCAGCUGGCGCCAUGGAUUUCUUAGUCACCUCGUGGCCGCGGGGCGACCGGCUGGCCGCCUCGGGCGCCGCGCCUGGCGCCGCCGCCGAGCUCUACGAGGAACGCGAGCGCCACUUCCUCGGCGCGGCGCGUGGCCGCGUCGCGGCCAGCGUUGCCUUCGUUCUCAUAGUGAUGGAGGUCGCGGGCCUGUUCGCCCUCGACCCGGGGCAGACCCCUGUGCUUCGCCGCUCAGUGGCUUGCUCGUGGGCCGCAGUCCACGGCCCGCUGGGCUCCGGGGAGGCCAGACUGCUCGCGGCGCUCGCUGUCCACCGCACUAGCUCCCCAACCUUCGGGCCUGGCUGGGCAACUGAGUUCGUGGUCGUGCUGGCGGUGAGCGCCUUCGCGUACGGCAUCGUCGUCGGCGGCUACUUCUUCAAGAGCUCGCUGACGGCCCCCGUGGAAGUUCCGCCGCUAGGAGCAAUGGCUGCUCGCGCUGCUGGACAGUUCCACUACGUUCGGUACAACGUCGGGGGGCCCGCCAUCUAUCACGAGAGACUCACGUUGCUGCCAGGGUACAUCCUCGCCCCUGACGAUGACGACUAUGCUGAGAGCGUCUUGGCAGGUGGCGACUUGAGAUCUGCGCAUGACUCGGCGGGUCAGGGCGACGCGAUCGUCGGAGUCGCCGCCAACAACCUCUACAAGUUCAGGCGGCUGCCGUCGGCAGCCGUCGUCUGGGCUGCUGUGCGCCGCGGCGUUGCCCAGGGCCAUGGGCCUCUGCCGCCGUCGCCCUUCAACCUCGAGCUCAGCGCCGACAACGUGCUGGGCGUGGCGGCGGGGGUGCUGGCCUUGCCCGACCCGCUCGGAGCGGCGCCCGCCGCCGCAGCGCCUGGCGCGCUGGCCUUGGCUGGCGCGGCCGCGCCCCCCGCGGGCGCCCCUGGGCCGCCUGCCGCGGCGGCCGCUGCGCUCGAGGGCGGGGUGGGCGUCGCGGGGCCUGAUCCCCGCGUGAUGGCCGCCGUCCUGGAUGCUCGCGGGUUGCGGAACAUGCCCUUCAGUGACGCUGUGAAGCGCCAGACCGAGACCCCCCGCGCCGACUGGCCCGUGAAGGGCCCGAGGACCACGAUGUGGGUGCUCCACUUCAUGCUCCGCAUGGCGGGCGGGGCGAUGGCGUGGCACAACCGCUGGAUGGCCAUGAUGCAGGCACUAGAGACGGACGACGCCGCCAAGCUGCACGAGACGCUGUGCCGCGUCAUCGAGACCUCGCUCUGCCACGACCAGCUGAUCAUCUGCGAGCUGGCCUCCUACGAGUUCUUGUCGCGGCAGCUGCAGUUGGUGGAGGAGCGCUUCUUCGAGGAGCGCGCGCGCAGGACCCACCCUGCGCCCGAGGCCAAGGGCCGGGCCAAGGACGGCGCCGCGGCCGCGGCCGCCGACGUCUCCUCUGAGAUCGGGCACUUCCUCGGCACUGGGGAGACGAUGGGCAACUUGUGCAUUUGCCCAGCCUUGAUGGAUUGGGUCGCCGACCAGAUGAAGAGUGAGGCAGCUGUUGCAACGGAGCGCCGCGAGGCUCGCGAGGGGGGGGGCCUCGCGACGUGCAACCGGUUCGUGAGCCUGACCAGCUUGGCCCCGAGCCCUUCGAGGCUCCACCUGGCUUGGAGUUGCCCGGGCGAGGUGACCAUCGCCAGCGUGACGUUUUUCCGUUUCCUCUUCUCCCAGUGGAUGGGCGUCACCAUCUUCCGCUUGGUCGUGGGGCUCGUCUGCGCGCCGCCAAAGGCGCGGGCUGGAGAGAGUGGUGCAACGAGGGAUUGUCUGCUCUCAACUGGCUCCACUGCGGCAAGGACGAGCCCCCCCAUGCCUGGCGAAGGGGUGCCACCGCCUGCGGCCCAGGCAGCCUCGGUGGACUACAUCGCGGGCUUGUACCGUGACUUCGAGCUGCCCGCCGCCUACUCGGAGAGAGGGCGCGAUUGCGAAGCAUCCCUCGUAGAGGUGCUCGCGCAGGCACCUGGCUACGCUGGUGACAGCGGUCGAGUGCGCCCCUACAGCGUGCCGCUUGUGGCCUGGCCCGAGUCGACGAAGGCAGUCUCCACCUGCGGCGUCGUCUCCGAGGCCGACUCCAUCGUGCUGCAGGAUUGGAGGCAGAGUAUGCUGAAUCCCGAGUCGGUGGCGGCGGAGCUGCGCGAAUCGCUGGGGGUUGUCCGCCCCUCUGUGGAUCCUGAGCUGCGCUUUAAGCCGAAGUCCUACGCUGAGUUUUUGAAGCAGCUGGAGGCCCACGACAUGAUCACCUGGCGGGUCUCCAGCGAGCAGUCAUCCUUCUCUACUGGUCUCUUCUUCGUGCAGAAAUCAAACGGCAAGCUGAGGUUGGUGUUCGACACCAGGCUGGCCAACUGCAGCUUCUCGUGCCCACCAGCCACUCGCCUGCCCACGCCCAGCGCGUGGGCCAGCCUUGAUUGCGAUGACAGUUUUCAGUUCGCGCAGGGCGACAUUCAGUGUGCAUUCUAUCAUUUACGAUUGCCAGCUGGCAUGGAGUCUCUGUUCUCUUUGCCACCGAUAAACAACAUAUUCCUCGGCCUCAAGUCGGUCAGCGGGGUUCGUCUUGGCAUCGACGACUGUGUCCAGCCUCUUGUCACGGUCGUUCCCAUGGGGUGGAGCUGGGCAUUCCACCUGUGCCAGAGUGCGCUGACGAGAGCCCUGUCGGAUGUCGGGUUCGGCAGUGACGAUAUGAUUUUGGAUGGGGGCUGUCCUCGUCCCCUGGUGGCUGAGAAGGACGCGGUGUGUGCAGGAUACGUUGACAACUUCUGUGUCGUAUCCAGGUGCGCGGAGACAGCCACGUCCCUUGCUCGUGCCGUUGCUGACCUUCUCACGGCCCGUGGGUUGCCUGUCUCGGAAUUCUCCCCUGCGGUCAGUAAGGGGGUCUUCACGGGCUUGGAGAUCGACGGAGCCUCUGGGAUCAUUCGUGUUCGUCCUGACCGCCUCGCUCGCACUCGUCAAGCCGUUCUCGGUCUUUUGAAGCGUGGGCGGGCCUCUGCUGGGGCCCUCAGCGUGCUCGUAGGCCACUGUACUUGGGGGAUGAUCCUGAGGCGCGACGUGCUGAGCAUCUUUAACGCGGUCUAUCGGUUCAUGGGGGCUGUGGGGCCUCAUCCUGGACCCCUGUGGCCCUCGGUCGUCGGGGAGUUGUCGGCUGCCGUGGCCCUCGUCCCGCUCUGGGGUGCCUCUACAAGGUCGGCCGAGUCGCCGAACGCUGGAGAUAUCGUCAUGGGGAUGCUGUGCUUGCCAGACCACGCGCCCUAUGGGUUCUUCGAGGUUCCUGAGUCCAUCUACGGGGCCGAGGGUUGGAAUACCAUACACUCUAGCCGUCAUACUCGACGAGGCUGCGAUAUCCUUCAGUACGAGGCGGAGGCCCUGGGGGAGGUGAUCAAGGCGGCGAGGGGCAAGCGGGAUCAUCCUGGUCCGCUGACGCUCCUGCGGGGCGGACUGUCGGUGCUGGAGGCCAAUGCGGUCUCGGAGUCGACGGGCAAGAACUACCACGCCUCCGCCCUCAGGUUUCUGAACUGGUGCCUCUGGACCGCCAGGGACUUCAAGAACAGCGUCGAGCUCGACACGAUCCUCGUGGUGUUCUUCGUCCACCUCCUCCUCGACGGGUGCGACAGUGCGACGGGCCGCGUCGCGAUGGCCUCGCCGAAGCGCCAUUUGCCGUCGAUGCUGAUGGGCAGCCGCCCGCUGCCACGGGCCUUUCGGGCCCUCCAGGGCUGGGCGAAGCUCGUGCCGCCGCAGAUGCGGCUCCCGCUGCCGAGGGUCGCGAUGUUCGCCAUCGUGGGCGUGCUGCUGUCUCAGGGGCCUCUGUCGCAGGCGGUCUUCGUGAGGAUCGCGUUCGACGCAUGCCUCCGCCCCAGCGAGGCCUACCGAUUGACGGCGGCCUCCCUGAUCGCGCCGAGGUACGCCAAGCGGGCAAGCAUGCAGCAGCGGCUGGCCCUGCUCGACCCCGCGCUGGUGGACUUCGGGCAGAAGGUCGAGAGCGAUCCGCUGGGCCUGAUGGACGUGAUGGCGAAGACGGGGAUCUUCUCGCUGCCGCUGCCGCCCCUGAGGCCGGUGUCGGCGUCAGCGCCGGUGCAGGCCACAGCGAUGCCUUACCUCAUCAUGCUCUGCACCUGUGUCCCCGACCGAAUUCGGCGAGUGUGUGAGGCCCGCGGGCUCGGCACCGUAGCGGUGAACGUGGCUCGACAUCGUCUCGACGGCCUCGCUGACCCUCAGGUCCUGAAGGCUCUGAUUGGCUGGGUGCGCGCCUCGGCUGUGCUUGGAACAGAGGCGAUCGAUUUUGCGGCGUGCGAUGUCUUCUUUGCAGUUGAGCUCAACCGGGGACACAGCGUCACCCGCUGCCUAUCAGGGUGGCGGGCCUCCGCUCACUCUUCUUCUUGGUCCUGCUGUGCACGCGCAAUCUAGUUCCGAACGUGUGUCGUCUCCUCGCCGGGCUGUUCUCUUUGCUCGCCGCUGCUGGUCUUCAC